AUGAACAGGGAUGGAGCUUUCGGUGGAAGGGCUGCUCCUUCAUUGGCCAGGGCCAUGUAUAGCUCCCAGGUACCAGGUAGCUAUCAGAUGUCUUCCUGCUCUUCAACGCCAAAUGCUUUUGGAAGAUUUUCUCAGUCAAACUCCAUUGGCUUCAAUAUCAACAAAGAACCGCGUUGCAUACUGAAUUGCUCACCAAGAGUUGAAGAAGUUGAUGAUGGCGAAAAGAAUGAAGACUCUGGCUGGGCUACAAAAAACAAAUUACAAAAAUUAGUUUCGGAAGUCGAAAAGAACGUUUGCGAUAAGCUCGAAGUUACACUGAACGAACACUACAAGCAGAUGAAAGGUAAAUUAAAACGAAUCCAAGCAAGAAUCGAGAUAACGGACUCAUCAAUCGAAAGAUUGUCCCAAAUCCUUGAUGACGUCUCAGAAACCAUCCUUUUCCUACCUUCUCCUCAAGUUAGUCCAGUGAUACCGCAAAUUGUCCCAGGAAAUACAAGAGUAAUGGCUCAAAAUAUCAAUGUGAACCAAAAUACUCCUGCCAAGGGUAAUACUCAGCCAACACCACUACUGUCAUGGAGAAGAAACAAAAACCGAAACCAAACCCAUGCAGGAAACCCUACUAAUAUGAUUUUGUAA